UGAAGAUUGUCCCUCGGUACAGACCGUACGUCACCACAACGCUAUGAAACGAGGACUACCUACAGCUAUCAGGUUUUGAACAAUUUAUUUGCAUCGACUGCUGAUUUUCUCUGCACCUGUCAACAUGGUCAACGUACACAAAGGUGUCCUUGUUGAAUGUGAUCCUGCCAUGAAACAGUUCCUCCUCUACCUGGAUGAAAAGAUGGCCCUGGGAAAGAAGUUCAUCCUCAAGGACCUUGACGACACACACGUCUUCAUCCUCGCAGAGGUGGUUCAGACCCUGCAGGAGAGAGUUGGCGAGUUAAUGGACCAGAAUUCAUUCACCGCCACGCAGAAAUAACACAAAGUAGUCUUGCUUCUCGGACUGAAGGCUGUUUAGGAGUUUGUCCUUAAAUGAACAUAGUUUGCAAUGUUUUAACUGCAGGCUGAAAUGGCGCAGUUGCUCUUUUUUUGUUACAAUAAUGUGAAAAGAAAUUAUUAAAAAAGCAAAAAGUGUU